GCCUAGCUAGAGAGAUCUCAUCUAACUUUGGCAUUGUUUUUUUUCCUUCUUGAAGUAUAAACAAAAGUUUAAAAAAAAAAAAAAUCAGAUCAUAAUGGUGAAGUUCUCUAAGCAAUUUGAAGGCCAGCUUGUUCCUGAAUGGAAAGAAGCCUUUGUUGAUUACUGGCAACUCAAGAAAGACCUUAAGAAAAUCCUUCUUAACGCUGAGAACAACAACAAUAAUUCUAAUCAUCAUUUUCCUCAAAACUCUUUCUUUUCUUCUCUGAGGAAUCUUUCUCUGUUCCAACCUCCUCGUCGCCAACAUGGAGCCAUUCAAGUUCAUAGGAAACCUUCGCCGUCGGCUAAUAAGGGGGAUUUGUACGAGACUGAGCUGUUGGAGCAAUUUGCUGACACUGAAGCUGCAAAUGAGUUUUUUGCACGAUUGGAUAUGCAGCUGAACAAGGUGAACCAGUUUUACAAGACCAAGGAGAGGGAGUUCAUGGAGAGAGGCGAGUCGUUGAAGAAGCAACUGGAGAUUCUCAUUCAACUAAACACCGCUCUCCGGCAACACCGCGCCAAAGGAAUCGGUUCUUCCCAGGAAUCCAGGGAGGAUGACUCCAUUUCCGGCACCAUUUCUUGCGAUGAAGAAUCCAACAGGGGCAGAGCAGAGGAAGAACAGGGGCAAGGAGACAUCACAGAUGAAUCCAGCAUCAGCGAAACGCAGUUAACGGAAUCUCCAGGUGAACUGGGAAGAUCAAUGAGGGUGAAGAGAGAAGACAGCAAGCUAAGAUCACUGUCAGAGCGCGUGGUAAAUUGCCAAGGAAAAAGCUUGAGAAUCCACAUUCCGCUCACGAACCCGACCCGAACUUUCUCUGCAAUUACAUAUCUGCUCUGGGAUGAUCUGGUUAAUCAGGCCUCCAAGAAACGUGGCCCUGAAGCCUCCAGGCUGCAUAUCAACAAGACCAAGCUUCGCCACGCCGAGAAGAUGAUCAGAGGAGCCUUCAUUGAACUCUACAAAGGAUUAGGUUACCUUAAAACUUACAGGAACUUGAACAUGCUUGCUUUUGUAAAGAUUUUGAAGAAAUUUGACAAAGUUACUAACAAACAAGUUCUCCCCAUUUAUUUAAGAGUGGUUGAGAACUCCCACUUCAACAGCUCAGACAAGGCUGUGAAGUUGGCUGAUGAGGUUGAGGAGAUUUUCAUCAAACACUUUGCUGAAGAUGACAGAAGAAAAGCCAUGAAAUACCUAAAACCUACUCUCAAAAAGGAGUCCCAUGCUGUCACCUUCUUCAUUGGUUUAUUCGCAGGAUGUUUCAUAGCGCUAUUCGCUGGAUACAUAAUCAUGGCUCAUAUUACUGGGAUGUACACACAACGGCAAUCAGAUACAGUCUACAUGGAAACAGUUUAUCCUGUUCUAAGCAUGUUCAGCCUACUGUUCUUGCACAUCUUUCUGUAUGGGUGCAACAUCUUCAUGUGGAGAAAGACUAGGAUAAACUACGGCUUCAUAUUCGAGUUAGCCCCGACAAAAGAGCUCAAGUACAGAGAUGUGUUUUUGAUCUGCACAGCUUCCAUGAGUGUUGUUGUGGGUGUUCUAUUUGUUCACCUUUCACUUGUGGCAAAAGGCUACUCUUUCACACAAGUUCAGGCCAUCCCUGCCCUCCUGUUACUGGGCUUUCUGCUGUUAUUGAUCUGCCCUUUCAACAUCAUCUACAAAUCAACCCGGUACCGGUUCCUCUAUGUGAUGAGGAACAUCAUUCUCUCACCUUUGUACAAGGUUGUCAUGGUGGAUUUCUUCAUGGCUGAUCAACUUUGUAGCCAGAUCCCAUUGCUGAGAGACCUGGAGUAUGUAGCAUGCUACUAUGUUACUGGAAGCUACAAAAAUCAAGAUUAUGGAUAUUGCAUGAGGACCAAGUACUAUAGAGAUCUGGCUUAUGCAGUUUCCUUCCUUCCUUACUAUUGGAGAGCCAUGCAGUGUGCCAGACGUUGGCUGGAUGAAGGGCACAAAAGCCACCUUGUCAACCUAGGAAAAUAUGUGUCUGCCAUGUUGGCAGCAGGGGCAAAAGUGGCAUAUGAAAAGGAGAAAAGUGUGGGAUGGCUUUGCCUAGUUGUACUCAUCUCAAGUGCUGCAACAGUGUAUCAAUUGUAUUGGGACUUUGUAAAGGAUUGGGGUUUGCUCCAACUCCAUUCCAACAACCCAUGGUUAAGGAAUGAGCUCAUGCUGCGUCAGAAGUUCAUUUACUACUUCUCCAUGGGACUAAACCUUGUUCUUAGGCUGGCAUGGUUACAAACAGUUUUGCAUUAUAAUUUUGGGAGCAUAGAUUACAGGGUAACAGGGCUAUUUUUAGCUGCCCUUGAAGUCAUCAGGAGAGGGCAAUGGAAUUUCUAUAGGCUGGAGAAUGAGCAUCUAAAUAAUGCAGGCAAAUUCAGAGCUGUUAAGACAGUGCCACUUCCUUUUCAUGAAGUAGAUGAAGAAGAUUGAUGAUGCUCAAAUUGCCCAAGGAAUUCAAGAAAUGCCCAGUGGAUGAAUCAACACCAUUGGUUGGUGAGUGGGUGGGUGUGGAUAGCAGGGGUGGAGGGGUAUUUAUGUCAUUUGGGCAAGUUGAAUAAAUUAAACAAAGUGUCAAUUCAACUUGCCCUUUUUUUGCUUGGUUCAAUUUCUAGAGAAUAAUUUGUAUUUUGUAUACAGAAAAUUCUUCCUCCUGUGAAUAAAAAUGAUGUGUUUCUGUGUCUUCUUUAGGACAAA